AUGAUUGGCUUAUGCUCUGCUUGCAACAUUAAUGUAUUAGUUACACAAAAAAGAAUUAGGUGCACCAUCGGGAAUUGCGCUCUGCUGUACCACAAUGAUUGUGUUUACUAUGAUGACACCGCUCCUUCAAGUCGAGCCACAUGGAUCUGCCCAUCUUGCACUGCAAACAAACCUAAACAAGAUAAAACUAAUACACCAAUUCAAAGUAAAAAUCGCAAGCAGCAGGCCCUUGAAAACAAUCCGAUUCCACCACCACUGUUAACUGUAGCUAGCUCUGACCAAGAUACUAUAAUUAACGAAAUAAGAAACUUGCGUCUUGAGAUGAAACAACACUUUGAGAAUCAACAAGCCAGCCUAAAGAACUUUGAUUCUAAACUCUCAGAAGUCCAAAAAGAGGUAAGAAUCCUAGGUGGUCAUUUUACCUCCCUGAGGGAAGAUGUUGAUGAGCUAACUAAGUCUGUACAGUUCCUGUCUGAUGCUCAUGAUGCGCAGUUAGGGUCAAGCGAAGAAACAAGAAAGUCUAUCACUCAUCUUAGUUCUGAAAACCAAAAUUUGCGAUUGCAAUUAACUGAGCUGAACAGUAAGCUAGAUCUACUUGAACAACAAGCCAGGGAUUCCAAGGCGGCUUGGAAGUGUCCUGACUGUAAAAUGCCUCGAGCUAAGGGCGAUAACACCAACACCCCAGUGAAGACAUCAGAGUUAGAUUUGCUGGGUGAGCCCAAGGUACAGGUCGACUUUUUAACCAUUGACGAACGUCUUAAUCGUUUCGAAGAGGCUUUAUCGAGUAAAAUAAUCAAUUUAGAGUCGUCAUUGGCACAAAAACUUAACAAAGAGUUGACUUCGCUUCAAAGUCUAAUAAAACAAAUACCCGAUCUUAUCAAAACCGUCGAGUUCAUGUCUAAUAAAUUUGACCAGAUGCAAAGUGAAAUUCAGUUAUUGAAAUCGGAAGUCAUAACCCUACGUGCAGACAACACGAAGCUUCAAGAUAAUGUGCGUAAUCUUGACAGUAAAAUGUUGGAAAUUGAGCAGAGGGCACGGGAGUCCAACUUGGAUCUCCAGUGUAUCCCAGAAUUUCCGAAGGAAAACCUUACAAAUACGGCCAUUCAACUUGGAAAAACUAUCUCUUACCCGAUUAUGGAAAACGAUAUUAUAUCGUGUACCCGAAUUGCCAAGGUCAACGCCAGCAGCAGUAGGCCGCGGUCUGUUAUCCUGAAGCUGUCUUCGCCCCGCAAACGGGAUGAGUUUCUCAGUGCAUGCCUAAAAUUCAACAAAUCGAACCCUUUGGAUAAACUUAACAGUUCCCACCUGGGUAUAGCUGCCGAUAAAACCCCUAUCUACGUGUCCGAGCACCUCUCACCAGCUAAUCGCAGUCUACAUGCUAUGGCGCGCAGCUACAAAAAGGAAAAAGGAUAUAAAUAUCUUUGGGUGAGACACGGUCGCGUUAUGAUAAGAAAGGACGAUUCUUCGCCUGCCAUAUGGAUCAAGAAUAGUGACUUUCUUAUGCAAAUUAAGAGUUAG